GCCGACGUCCGCCACUGACUCCUCCGACCCCCGCGACGGACUUUUUCACACCAGCGAUCCGGCAGUACCUCUGUGCUCCCUCGCGUUUUACAGUUAGGGGCGCGAGUGCGUUGCAAACAUGCGGUUUUCAGGGGUUUUCCUCUUGCUACUGUGUUCGUGUCUCGCAGUUCGAGCGCAUUGGGACGAAGAUGAUGAUGACCGAGUGAGCACCGAGGCAGUGGACGCGGUACUGGGCCGCAGUGUCACUUUGCCCUGCGACAUUGAACCCGCGACCCGCGAGGACCGCGUGUACAUGGUGCUCUGGUUCCGGGACGACGUGGGCAAGCCCAUCUACAGCUUCGACGUGCGCGGGCGGCCGUUCACGAAGGCGCUGUACUGGUCGGACGCGGAGACGCUGGGUCCGCGCGGCUACUUCGUGACGGGUCUGUCGCCCGCCGGGCUCACCAUCGACGCCGUGACGCUGGACGACGAGGGCGUCUACCGCUGCCGCGUCGACUUCAAGGACUCGCCCACGAGAAACUUCCAGGUCAACCUCACCGUCAUCGUGCCGCCCCACCAACUGUUGGUGUACGACAGCUCUGGCCGAGAGGUGGUGGGCGCGGUCAGCGGCCUACUGGAGGGCAACGACCUGGUACUAACCUGCGAGGUGCGCGGAGGCAGACCGCCGCCGACGGUGUCGUGGUUCGUCGACGACCGGCUGACGGAGGGUCAGCUACAGGCGGUGGGCCGACACGUGGUCGUCAACCGCCUGGAGGUGCCGCGCGUGUCCCGGCAGCAGCUCAACACCGCCUUCAAGUGCCAGGCCUCCAACACCAAGCUGGUGCUGCCCCAGGAGAAGACGGUCCGUCUCGACCUGCUGUUACGGCCCUUGAAGACUCGGCUGCUGGAGAGGCCGAGCGUGCUGGAAGCGGGGCAGACGGUGGUGCUGGAGUGUGAGGCAGUCGGCUCCAGGCCGGAAGCCGUCAUUUCCUGGUGGCGGGACAACUACCAGCUAGACAGAGGCAAGGUGGAGACGGACGGCAACGAGACGGUGGUGCUGAGCCGGCUGACGUUUCAACCGCUUCCUGACGAUGACGGCCACGUGUUACGCUGCCACGCCGAGAACCCGCGCAUCCCGGCCUCUGGUCUUGAAGCGCAGUUGCACCUCAACGUAGUCUAUGCGCCAGUCGUGAGGCUGCAGCUGGGGAACUCCCUGAAUCCUGACGACAUCAAGGAGAACGACGACGUCUACUUCGAGUGUUCCAUCCGCGCCAACCCCAAGGAGCACAGGAUAGCGUGGCUGCAUGACGGCGCGCCGGUGGUGCAGAACAUGUCGGCGGGCGUGAUCCUCAGCACGGACAGCCUGGUGCUGCAGGGCGUGACGCGGCACCACGCCGGCAGCUACACCUGCGUCGCCGCCAACGAGCGCGGCGAGACCGCCAGCCGCCCCGUCUUCCUCAGGGUGCGAUUCGCGCCGGUGUGCGCGCACGAGGAGCCUCUGCUGGUGGGCGCGUCCCUGGGCGAGGCGGUGCGCGUGCGCUGCCGCGUGGCGGCCGACCCGGCCGACGACGUCUCCUUCGAGUGGCAGUUCAACAACAGCGGCGAGAGCUUCGGCGUGCCGCCCGCGCGCCUCGGCAACGCCAGCGGGCCCGCCGCGGGGGAACUCAGCUACGCGCCAGCCUCCGACCGCGACUACGGCACGCUCGCGUGCUGGGCGCGCAACGCCGUAGGCCGCCAGGCCGAGCCCUGCGUCUUCCAGGUGCUGCCCGCCGAGCGUCCAGGAGCACUGAGCAACUGCUCGCUGCGCCUGUCGGCCGCGCCGGCGUCUGCGCAGCUGGUGGUGGAGUGCGUGGCGGGCCACGACGGCGGGCUGCCGCAGCGCUUCUUCCUGGAGGCGCACGAGGCGGCCGGCGGCGGCGUCCGGCUCAACACGAGCAGCGCGGCGCCGCGCUUCCGCCUGCAGCUGGCCGCGCUGGGCUGGCGCACGCUGCGCCUCGUCCUGUACGCCGCCAACGCGCGCGGCCGCGGCGACGCCACCGUGCUCGACGACAUCGCGCUCGGCGACGCCGAGAUGCGCACAGAGAAUUCAGUAAAUGGUGAUUGCGGCGGCUGGGACAUCGUUCCACUGGCGGCCCUGCUGACGGGGGCGCUGUUGGCGGCGGGUCUGGCCGUGUUGCUGGUGGCCGUGCUGGCCGUGCGUCGGCGGCGCGCAUACGAGGCGGCGGGCGGCCGCGGGCGCGGGGGCGGCACCUCUGGGGGCGGCGUCUGCAGCGGGGGCGGCGCCGCGCCAGCCCUGCAGCUCGAGAAGCAGCCGCCGCCGCCGCAACACGGCUCCAUGCUCGAGAUCAACCACGGCCACGAGCGCUACGUCGUCUCCUACCGCCUCAAGACGGCCCAGGACAGCUGCGUCGUCGACGGCCGGCAGCCGGACAUCCUCAAGUCUCCCAGGGCUGCGGAUUCGGUACUGGCAGACGCGGCAUCUCGCAGACAGGACCCGAGCUUGCGGCACAGCAACCCGCCAGAUUCGGAAGCCAUUACUGAGCGCCCCGCAGCCGGCCGCCUCCAGCACUCACCCCCGGCGUACCAGCAGCCACCCCCCGUGUACCCGCCGAGCCCGGCGCGGACGCCGCCCCCGCUGCCGCUGCCGGCCGGGGCGCUGUCGCCGGUGUCCACGGCCCCUUCCACGUCUCCCGUAGCUACCACGGCGACCGCAACGCCGCCGUUCGUCCCGACGACCAUUAACCGCGCGUCCAACGGCACGCUGCGCAAGGACCACCUCAUCUCGGACUCCAUCCCCGGCCCCGAGAGCUGCGUAUGACGGCUGCGACCUGCUCGCUUAGCACUCGCGGUGCACGGUGUACGUCGGUGUGGGGGAGCCCCGAAGAAGCAGCUUCUUGCACUGGAAAGCUAUGGCCAACAGGUGCUCGACGUCGCGGUGUUGGGGACCGUUGGGCGAUCUGUCUGAGGCUGGCCUAUAUUACCGUCUGUGUUUAACAUGUGUCUGGAGAGAAGUAUCUUGUUCUGAUGCAUGCUUAUUUUCCUUAUACAUGUCUUCCUAGGUUGUUUGCAUUUCGGCCUACGUGAAUAUCUAGCACUCCGGUCAAUAGUGGAGGUCUUCCCACCGCGAGGUUUUAUGACGUGAAAAACAAAGCCAGUAAGCGUACCCUCUCAGUUUAUUAUCGUUCACUAAAUGACCACAGAAAUUCCGUGAAUGCGGCCGUAAUUAAUUUUUCUGCUUUUCUGAUAUAUGGGCAGUGGAACUACUAGUCACCUUCUGAGCCAGUACCAAUACUCUCAAACUGCAUCGCUCAGAUGAUGACAGGACGUUCUUCCACCGUAAUAUCAUAAAACAAGAAGAUAUGUUUGCAGCGGCAUUGGCUAAAGUUCACGUACCAAUAAUUAAUCCAUAAAAACUUCACGUCCCCUAUGAGAUUGUUUUGCUCAUUACUGAUAAACUAAAUUCCCGUUCAGUCUGUAACUAAUCAGUAAUCAGUGACACGAAGUUGCAACUUAUACCUCUACACAUAUAUGCCAGUUUCCAGGAAAUUACUUGUGGGAGUCAUUUGCUUUUUUUUCCAUCGCGGCAGUUUCUUCUCUUUGUGGAUAGUUGGUUAUGGAUAGAAAUCGGCUCACAAGGCAUUCAUCUGAAAUUUAUUUCUUGAGCAUGUUUCAGAGAUACGUAGAUUUUUAGGGACCGUUUCCUGUUCUGUCUCGACUGCCAGAUUUACUUCACUCACCACAACCGGAAAUUUUGUCCCGAAAGCUUCGUACAUUCUCUACCAAACUUAAACAUUUUAUCCCAUGGCUAGGAAAGCUUACAAACUGGAAUCAGUCAGCAUUCCAACUACAUCUACACCGACCUCAGUAAGCCAGGGUGUUGGUCUGAAACCAUCAAUAUUACAGACUGCUAUCGGCAGUGUUGGCGUGGACAGCAGGUGUCGGUUGGUAUUAACGUGCACUGAGCAGUAGGCCUACGUCGGUUUGCUGGAUAUCAACUGCCUGCUCAAACUCUGUCACUUGCAGCAAUAAUAUUAAUGGCUACGCGGCAAUACACAAGAGUGCUGCUACAUAUGUGGAUGGAGCUGAUUACAGUGAUCGCAUUGUGGUGGUAAUGGCGUGAAACGUUUACGUAUGGCAUAGAAUGUUUAAACGUUUGCCCUCUGUGUAGUAUCAAAUUUUCCACUUGAAAAUAAUCGUAAUGUAUAAACUGCAAUUAAAGUUGUUGAAACAAAGCAUACAGUCAAAGUCGAAAUUGGUCUGCUUCAAAAGUUUGUAAAAUAUAGGUUCGAUUGAGUUAGGAAACUGAUAGUGCUGUAGCGGAUUUAAUAUGGAGAAAGCGAGCAAUUUUUGCUCACGAAUUGGUGGGUUUGACAUUAGGAAGGAACAAGAUGGACUGGAAACUAUAUUUGACUGUAGUGUCGGCUACAGUGAUAGAUGUUGUAUGAAAAAGUAUGUAGUGUACUUUAAUAGAUGGUUGGCGUGAUGAUGCAGCGCAAUACAAGCCCCCGGUUCUCAGGAAAGGAACACAAAGUGGUGUUGGGAUAUGGUGUAACAGAUAUAUAGGCAACCCAAAAAUUCUCAAUUCUCGCUUAAUGUUUAGUCAAAUUUCAGUUCCUUACUUCAGAUGAUGAUACUCGAAAUAAACAUAAAUUUCAAUAAAGCUAGAAUUCACCGACUAAGAACCUGGAGUUUGCAGUUAGCCUACUGUUAAAGAUCUAAACAAUACUGAAAUACUCGAAAUCCAAGUUAUGAACGUUCUGCUCUCGUUUGUUCCCAUUACAUGCUUCAAGACAGUUUCUAAAGACUUCCAGAUGCGGCGCAGUUGCUGUUGAUACUUACGUAACAUAGUUCAAAGUUUCUCCCAAAGAGAAACUAAUAUCAAAAUUCGAAAUUGUUGAUCAACGUUGUGUUUAUCAUUGCCUAUCAAAUUUUGUUGUGCCGUUUAGAGUAUUUUUUUCCUGGAGACUGGAACACAUAAAAAAGCCGAAGCUAUUUCAUAAUGAAUCAAAAAAAAAUAUUGAGACACUAUCAUGGCCAAGUAAUUCCCAGCAAAUCAUAUCCUGCAACAACAACAGAAAAUCCUUUUCUUUAAAAAUAUCUUUUCUGAAUAUUCGAGCUCCCUGACAUCUUACCUGAGCCAACACUCUGUAAGAACAAGAAGAGAACUUACUUCGCUCUUUUAAAAUGCCUCGAAAUAUUCCUUUUAUUAGAAUAAUUUUGAUAUUUUGUGGAAAUGUGAGCAGUCAAUACGGUAAUAUUCACUGCAAGGCCUAUUUAACGGACGGAACAUACGUUUGAAAAAUUGCAAAGUGUAAGGAUCAUGAACAUUGUUAACUGUGUUUCGUGAGACAAAUGUAUGUGAUACUGUUUAAUUCUGUGUGAAUGAAGGCACAGCUGUUGGUGUUUAUAAGUCUAUGUUAACAUUCAGCAAUCUAUGUCUUUGUGCUAGAAAAAGUUGUGCAAGCCAGUAUGGAAGAAAAUCGGUGACAGAAGAUUUGGAGAAUUCUCUUGGGACAAAGUAUCAGUUGUUGUUUGCGAAACUACGUUCUUCCUUUAAAAGUAAAUUAUUUGUUUUGAACUAAUAAUUCAUUUCCUCAUAAUGUCUUUAUUUCUAUUCGUCCCUGAUCUAUUUUCACCGUCAAACAAUUUUCUAAACUGGUUAUGCCAUUACUCAACGAGCAAAAACAAUUAAUGUUCAAUGUAUUACUAUAGAGACGUAAUAUGUGUAAACUGAAAGAGAAUUAUCAGUUCUUAUGUUGUGAAACUACCUGAAGUAAAGAUCAUAUAUAAAGAAGAAUGACUCACUCAAAUUGUACGUUUUGUAAAUAUUUUCAUCUUUU